GCCUCGCGGCUCAGUUCCCUUUUCCGGUCGGCGUGGUUUGCGAGUGGAGUGUCCGCGGUACCCCGGCCUUCACCAUGAGCGUCCCGGCCUUCAUCGACAUCAGCGAGGAAGACCAGGCUGCUGAACUUCGUGCUUAUCUGAAAUCUAAAGGAGCUGAGAUCUCAGAAGAGAACUCAGAAGGUGGACUUCAUGUAGAUUUAGCUCAAAUUAUUGAAGCCUGUGAUGUGUGUCUGAAGGAAGAUGAUAAAGAUGUUGAAAGUGUGAUGAACAGCGUGGUAUCCCUCCUCUUGAUCUUGGAACCAGACAAGCAAGAAGCUUUGAUUGAAAGCCUAUGCGAAAAACUGGUCAAAUUUCGUGAAGGUGAACGCCCAUCUCUGAGACUACAGUUGCUAAGCAACCUUUUCCAUGGAAUGGACAAGAACACUCCUGUAAGAUAUACAGUGUAUUGCAGCCUUAUUAAAGUGGCAGCAUCUUGUGGGGCCAUCCAGUACAUUCCGACUGAGCUGGAUCAAGUUAGAAAAUGGAUUUCUGACUGGAAUCUCACCACUGAAAAAAAACACACCCUUUUAAGACUACUUUAUGAGUCGCUUGUGGACUGUAAAAAAAGUGAUGCUGCUUCAAAAGUUAUGGUGGAAUUGCUUGGAAGUUACACAGAGGACAAUGCUUCCCAGGCUCGAGUUGAUGCCCACAGGUGUAUUGUACGAGCAUUGAAAGAUCCAAACGCAUUUCUUUUUGACCACCUUCUUACUUUAAAACCAGUCAAGUUUUUGGAAGGCGAGCUUAUUCAUGACCUUUUAACCAUUUUUGUGAGUGCUAAAUUGGCAUCAUAUGUCAAGUUUUAUCAGAAUAAUAAAGACUUCAUUGAUUCACUUGGCCUAUUACAUGAACAGAAUAUGGCAAAGAUGAGAUUACUUACCUUUAUGGGAAUGGCGGUGGAAAAUAAAGAAAUUUCUUUUGAUACAAUGCAGCAGGAACUUCAA